AGGUCUCUCAGCCUCGCCAGGGUUCCCUGGAGAGAGCUGACGCCCGGGUUCUAUAAUCCUUAUGGGGGACCAACCUUGUGGAUCCGGGAGAUCCACGCUCCCAACUGGAAACACACGGGAAAUCAAGCCUCCAAAAAAGCGCUGCCUCCUAGCUCCACGGUGGGAUUAUCCGGAAGGAACUCCCAACCGAGGAAGUACCCCUCUUCCCUCCGCACCUCCUCCUGCAUCACCCGGCCUGAAGUCGCACCCUCCUCCUCCGGAGAAGUAGUAGAAUAUACUUCUUCCACCACAAACCAGUCUUUGAGGGAUUGCAGUAUGACUCCAUUUCCUUGGUGCAUUUGUAAAAUAGUUCACCCAGUGAAGACAAUGAAGAUUAUUGAAAAUGCUACCCUGCUUUUUCUGAUAUCCUGCACUGGGAAGUUGUGAUUUUUAAGAGUACGGUUCAGGAGAUUUCAGAAUGUAAGGCUUUGAUGCCCUUUGGUGAUUUCAUGGAUAGCUAGGUUGUUUUGGCAGAGCUCUCAAGUCAAUAUCUGUCAACUUCUACAAGCUUCCAAAGUCAGCCAUGAAACCACCACGCUUCAUUUGCAAAAACGUGAAUGAAAGCAAGUUUCCUGACUAUUAUCCUCAACCAUAAAGAGUGUAUAAAAUGGUCCUCAUGGAUAGUAGAUGCAGACAUUUUUCUACAAGUGGACUAUAUGUACCCAACACCCACUAAUAAGAGUGGGUAUUGAUAGGGGUUUUUAUCCUCAUCUCACAAAUUUUUUCAGCUUUAUUGAGGUAUAAUUGACAAAUAAAGUUGUAAGAUGAAGUGUACAUUGUGAUGAUUUAAUAUACGUAUACAUUGUGAAAGUAUAUACGUAUACAUGUGUGAAAUAAUUAACACAUCCAUCACCUCACAUUUAUCUU